AUGUUUCUGCAUACUCCGGAUGCAUCCCUGAUGCGUUUCUUGCAGGUUUGCAGCUCCGGCCCAGGCCUGCCUGCCGAGCCUGCCGAGCCUGCCCCGCCCGCCCUUCGCGCCUCUUGCGCUGACACGCACUUGCUGUGGCGAAGCCUCGAGGCCCCGCGUGUGCUUCGGACUCACAGGAAUUCAGCUGGAGGUAGCUCGGUGGCGACCCUUUUCUCUCAGACGAGGGGCAGAUGUCGGGGCGAGGAUGAUGAGCUCCAGCAAAGCCUUGUGACCUGGCGCCUCUGCACCAUCAAGGCCGUCAGAUAA